AUGACUUGGCGUUUCUUCUCCAACAUGGCACCGGUUGUAAAGAAGUUUGAUCUCCUGGUUCUGGGUGGAGGUUCAGGAGGUUUGGCCACAGCAAGGCGAGCUGCAGAGUUCGGAGUUAAAGCUGCUGUUGUGGAGGAAGGACGAUGGGGUGGAACUUGCGUGAAUGUUGGUUGUGUACCCAAGAAAGUGAUGUACAACACGGCUGUGCAUGCAGAGUUUAUCAAGGACCACAAGGGAUAUGGCUUUGAUGUUGAUGUCAGGGGCUUUGACUGGGGAGCUGUAAAGAAAAGUAGAGACGCCUACAUCAAGAGACUGAAUGGUAUCUAUGAAUCAAACCUGGAGAAGUCCAAUGUGGAGAAAAUUGUUGGCCAUGCAGCAUUUAUUGACAGUCAGACUGUAGAUGUGAGUGGGCAGAAGUACACGGCUGACCACAUCAUAAUUGCUACAGGUGGCCGGCCUGUGGUUCCAGAUCUUCCCGGAGCUGAACAUGGAAUAACCAGUGAUGGCUUUUUUGAACUGGAAGACCUGCCAGAGAAAGUUGUGGUUGUUGGUGCUGGAUACAUCGCUGUUGAGUUGGCUGGCAUCUUUGGAGCUUUAGGAGUGGACACUUCACUGCUUAUACGUUAUGAUCAGGUUCUGCGUACAUUUGACGGCAUGAUCAGCAAAACAGUCACGGAAAACCUGGAGACUGGCGGUGUGAAAGUUGUCAGGAGAACACAGGUGUCUAAUGUAGUCAAGGAAGAAGACGGAACUUUAACCCUGGCUACAAACUCGGGAAUUAUUGAUAAAGUUGACUGCCUGCUGUGGGCCAUCGGUCGAGUGCCUAACUCUGAUAACAUUGGAUUGGAUAGAGUGGGAGUGAGUGUGGACAAGCACCAGAAUAUAGAAGUGGAUGAAUACCAGAACACCAACAUCAAAGGGAUCUAUGCCUUGGGAGAUGUGUGUGGCAGGUACCUACUGACCCCAGUGGCUAUUGCAGCAGGGAGGAGGCUGGCUCACAGAUUGUUUGAUAACAAGGAAAACUGGAAGCUGGACUACAACAACAUUCCUACUGUGGUGUUCUCACAUCCACCUGUAGGCACUGUUGGCCUCACCGAAGAGGAGGCCCAAAGAAAGUACGGGCAGGACAAGCUGAAGAUCUACACAUCCAAUUUUGUGCCCAUGUAUUACUCUGUUCUUGAGCACAAAAUGAGGUGCAAUAUGAAGCUGAUCUGUGUUCUGCCUGAUGAGAAGGUGGUUGGUCUACACAUGGUUGGCCAAGGUUGCGACGAGAUGCUGCAAGGUUUUGGUGUGGCUAUCAAAAUGGGCGCCACAAAGGCACAAUUUGACGACUGUGUGGCCAUACACCCGACAUCAGCGGAGGAGUUGGUGACCAUGCGAUGA